GAGGGACACAAGAGGGCCAACACCUCUGUGCUGGCAGUCAAAGGGUCAUAUACUGUAUGCUUUGCUUCCACAACAGUCACUGCUCAUUCAUUCAUUCUUCAGCUCAUCAAAGACAGUGAGGAUUAGCAACGGGAGAACAGAGCUGAGAGGCUGCCGUUAAGGGAUCAGCUAUGCUUGGAGGCGUCCACACAGAUUUGUUGGUCACAGUGACUUUACUCUUCCUCUCUCAGACAGUGACUCAGUGCAGGGCUGAGAAUGACUUUUCAUUAGUCCCUCUAACAGAGUGGAGGACAAAUGCAGAAUAUGUCACACAGUGUUUCUACGACAGACAGAACAAUCUCAUAUGUGACUGGACAAGGAGCCAACAAAGAACAGAGGACAGGGCAGUGAGUAUUUUAGAAAGCGGUCCACUCGGGCUUGAGGGAGAGGCCUGUCUAGAGUUUUGGUACCAAGCCCCAGUUGCAGCUAAUGGGUCUGAACUCCAAGCUAUUCUGAAAAGCAGUGAUGGUCGGGUAGAAAUCUGGGCCUCUCCUGCCCUUCCUGGAAAUACAUGGAGACAAGUGUUUGUCCCCCUGAACAGCCUCAAACCAAGGACUCAGGUUGUACUUGAAGCAGUGUCCAUGGAGGGAAAGAUCACAUUUAACCAGAUAGGUGUAAGAAGAGGCUCAUGUGGACCCCAGUGUGAAUCGAACACAGAGAUAUGGACAGAUGAAUCCACCCGCUGCCUCUGUUCUGCUGGCCAGCUCUCCUGCUCUCCCUCUCAGUGCCCUAAGGGCCAAAUCUGUGGUCCUCAAAGAGGAGGCUCCAGUGGGAUUUCCACCUCUGGGACGUGUACUAUACACAGUCACACAGACUGCAGCACUUUUGAUGGAGUGCUGUUCCGCUUCAUGGCCCCCUGCACCUACGUACUGGCUAAGACCUGCUCACCCGCUGAGGCCCUGCCCAUGUUCAGAGUGGAAGUGGUCAAUGAGCAGAACGGCAACUCAUCUCUGCCAACUGUCCAGCAGGUCACUGUGAACACAGGGAACUUCAGAGUGUCUCUAUUGAAACAGAAAACACACCGGGUUGUGGUUAAUGGGGUCUGGAGGAAGCUUCCACUGAGCCUCGGCGAUGGCACUGUCAACAUCAAGAGUAAUCCUGCUGCUGUUGUACUGGGAACCAGUUUUGGUCUUUCCGUUUCCUAUGACAACGCUGGUGCUGUACAUGUCGCCCUGCCACCAACAUACUCCGAUAAGGUCUGCGGCCUGUGCGGCAACUUCAACCACCUCGGAGAAGAUGACUUCCGCAAGCCUGAUGGCACAAAUGCCCACAAUGCUACAGCUUUGGCUGAGAGCUGGCAGACUGGGCAAAUAACCUCCUCCUGUGAAACUAUUCUUGUCCCUCAUCUGUGUGACCCACUAGAGGAGGCUGAGUAUGCCAGUGAGCUGUACUGUGGAGGGCUCCUCUCUAGUACAGGGCCCUUCGCUGACUGCCAGUCAGUUUUGGAGGCAGAAAGUUACUUCAGGGGCUGUGUGGUCAGCAUGUGCUCUGCUCAUGGUGACCCCGCAGUGCUAUGUGAGGCAUUACAGGUCUACACUGAUAUCUGCAAAGAGGCUGGAGUAGCUGUACCCAUAUGGAGGAACUCCACAUUCUGUCCCCCUCAGUGUGGUGAGAACAGCUACUAUAACUCAUGUGCUGAUGGCUGUCCCGAAGUGUGUUCCAGUCUGGAUUUAGCUGGCUCUUGUGGAAGCUGUGAGGAAAGAUGUGAGUGCGAGUCUGGCUUCAAACUCAGUGGGGGAAAGUGUGUCCCAGCAGAGGACUGUGGGUGCUGGCAUAAUGGGAAACACUAUGAGAAAGGAGCAACAUUCUUGGAAGGAGAGUGUGUGCAAAAGUGCCAAUGUAUGGGUAAUAAUGAUCUGUGGUGCACCACAAUGCAAUGUGCAGACAAUGAGGUUUGUAAAGUCAAAGAUGGGGUCAAAGACUGCUUCCCUUUCAAACCUGCCACUUGCCGUGUGUAUGGCGAUCCGCACUACAUGACCUUUGACAAGGUGGCUUAUGACUUUCAAGGGGGCUGCAGUUACACACUGGCUACAACAUGCGGAGAAGGUGGCUCAGUCCAGUUCACUGUGACCGGACACAACAUGCAUCCUCCCCUACAGAACUUAACUCGGUCCAAGCUGGAAGCUGUGACUCUGCAGAUUGAAGAUUAUGACCUCACCCUGAACCAAAGUGGAGAGGUCUAUGUGAAUAACAGCCUGGUCCACCUCCCCUAUUCCACCAAUGGAACAUACGGCUCAGUAUGGGUCCACAAGGAGAGCAAUUACAUUAUCUUGGAGUCGACCUUUGGCCUCCGAAUUAUGGUAGAUGGGCAGAACAGACUUUUUCUGCAGGUGGAUGAGCGCUACAAGCAUGAACUGUGCGGAAUGUGUGGCAUCUACUCUGGACACCAGGAUGACGAUCUUGUAACCCCAGACGGCCAAAAUGCUACAGACGCAUUUCAGUUUGGAGAAAGCUGGAGGGUGCCAAACAAUAAUGAGUGUACUGCCUAUCCAAAUGACCCAAGGCGUUGUGACUAUGAUGAAGAGGAUGAGGCCUACAGUCAGUGCAAUGCACUACUUAGGGAUCCCUUCAAGUCCUGCCAUGGACCCAUUCACCCAGGGGUCUACCUUCGUAGCUGUGUGUAUGACUAUUGUGCCACAAAUGGGGACCAACACACCCUAUGUGAAUCUCUGAAGUCCUACGCAGCAGCAUGCCAGGUUGAAGGAGUGGAGCUGCCUCCCUGGCAGACAGGCACAGCCUGUGCUGACCCCCCAACCACUUCAACUCCUCCAACAACUCCAACUCCUACUUCUCCAACACCAGAUCAGACUUUCUGCCCCAUGAACUGUGACUUUGAAAAAAAUCUGUGCGGGUGGGAGCAGCUCAUACAGGACAGUUUUGAUUGGACAAGAAAUUCAGGACCCACCCCCUCAGACCAAACUGGGCCAAACCAGGACCACACCACUGGAGCCGGUUUCUACAUAUACAUUGAGGGAGACAGAGUAACCCAUGGAGACUCAGCCCGCCUGAUGAGCUCAGUGUGCCAUUAUGAUAGCCCACUCUGUCUACAGUUCUGGUACCAUAUGCAUGGUUCAGCCACAGCAAUGGCCCUCAAUAUUUACCUGCUCAAAGGCAAUAAAGCUACCAAGCUCUGGUCCAUGAUGAACAACCAGGGACCACAAUGGCAUCUAGGAAAUGUUGACAUCAGUGUGUCCGGCCCCUUCCAAAUCAUUAUAGAGGGAAUUCGGGGCUCUAAUGCUCAAUCAGAUGUGGCUAUAGAUGACGUUUCCAUCCACUUUGGCACAUGCUCAGGUGGCUUCCCUGGCGUGGUUAGUGGAACUGAGCUUCCCUACAUAACUGCAGAAGUCCUCCCCCCACACCCAGCCUGCAAUCUCGACUGCAGCUUCAACAGAGAUCUUUGUAGCUGGAAUCAAAUGAUUACAGAUGCUUUUGACUGGACAUGGCAAAGUGGUUCCACUCCCACCCUGAUGACUGGGCCCUCCACUGACCACACUGGUGAUGGUCACUACCUGUACACUGAGGCCAACAGUGCGUCACAUGGAGACACGGCUCGUCUCAUCAGCUCUGAGUGUUCUGACUCUGGUCCUCAGUGUCUGCAGUUCUGGUACCAUAUGUACGGCUCAGCAGAUACAAUGGGCCUCCAUGUUUACUUAGUCCAGAACAGAGUAACCGAUGCCAUCUGGUGGAAGAGGAAUGACCAAGGAAAUAUGUGGCACCUGGCUCAGGUGGAGAUCACAACAACCAGAGCUUUUCAGAUCAUCAUUGAAGGGCGCAGAGGAUCUAAUGAUCAGUCAGAUGUGGCUAUAGAUGAUAUAAAGCUUUAUCGUGGUCACUGCUCUGAUCUGAGCGGUGUUGUUACAGCACAACCUCCUAAACCUGAUCUAAACACCACAGCUCCUCCAAGUGUCUUUGUGCCAACCACUGCGGCUCCAGAGCCCCCUCCAGUCAAUGAUACAGCAAAUAUCACCACACCUCCCACAGUCGAAUCAACAUCCAACUUAAUUAAUAAGGACAAUGUAACUGAAGCUCCAGAUAACAGACCACCAGCAGGCUCAGCAUGCCAACUCCACUGUAAUUUUGAGCAAGAUUUAUGUCACUGGAGUCAACUGCUUGCUGAUGUUUUUGAUUGGACAAGGCAUAGUGGCUCCACUCCCACUAUGAUGACCGGUCCGUCUUCAGAUCACACCACAGGAGAUGGCCACUAUCUUUACAUUGAAGGAAACAGUGCGUCACAUGGAGACACGGCUCGUCUCAUCAGUUCUGAGUGUUCUGACGCUGGUCCUCAGUGUCUGCAGUUCUGGUACCAUAUGUAUGGCUCAGCAGACACAAUGGGCCUCAAUGUUUACCUGCUCCAGGACAGAAAAGCAGAUGCUGUUUGGAGGAAAAGGAAUGACCAAGGAAAUAUGUGGCACCUGGCCCAGGUCGACUUGACCACAAAUGGAGCUUUCCAGAUCAUUUUUGAGGGGCGAAGAGGUUCCAAUGAUCAGUCUGAUGUGGCCAUAGACGAUAUAUCACUUCAUCACAGGCACUGUGCAGACCUGGCUAAACCAACAACCCCUGCUCCGAAAACCGUGGAUUCAGUUGCAACAGCAGGUUCUGAGCUUCCUCCAGCCAACAACUCAUCAACUACAAAGCCACCUUCAACAAGUUCAUCAAAACCACAGCCAGCAUUAACAACUACAUUUACAACAAUGACUGGCACAACAACAGCGGCCCCGACUGAUUGCGAUACACAAACCCCUACAAAUCCAUCAACAAUAACUGAGCCCCCACACACUUCAAAUCAUGAUGUCCCAAUGACCACAAGACCUGAUGUUCCAGCAACAACAAGACCACAGCCUCCAAUAACAUCAAGACCAAUAGCAACUGCUACAAUUGGUCCCCAAACCACAGUAAGACCAGAACCUCCAACCACAGCCGGACCACAACCUCCAACCACAGCCAGACCACAACCUCCAACCGAAACUCAGCCACAGCCACAAACAUCAGCUAGGCCACAACCAUCAACGACAGCUCUACCUGAGUCACAAACAACAAAUAUACCACAACCUCCACCUGAAACUCAGCCACCAAUAACAAAUAGACCACAACCUCCAACCACAGCCAGACCACAACCACCAACUACAGCCAGACCACAACCUCCAACCACAGACAGACCACAACCUCCAACCAAAACUCAGCCACCAACCACAAUGCAGCCACAACCACCAACGACAGCUCUACCUGAGUCACAAACAACAAAUAUACCACAACCUCCACCUGAAACUCAGCCACCAAUAACAAAUAGACCACAACUUCCAACCACAGCCAGACCACAACCACCAACUACAGCCAGACCACAACCUCCAACCACAACCGGACCACAACCUCCAACCACAACCGGACCACAACCUCCAACCACAGCCAGACCACAACCUCCAACCGAAACUCAGCCACAGCCACAAACAUCAGCUAGGCCACAACCAUCAACGACAGCUCUACCUGAGUCACAAACAACAAAUAUACCACAACCUCCACCUGAAACUCAGCCACCAAUAACAAAUAGACCACAACCUCCAACCACAGCCAGACCACAACCACCAACUACAGCCAGACCACAACCUCCAACCACAGACAGACCACAACCUCCAACCAAAACUCAGCCACCAACCACAAUGCAGCCACAACCACCAACCACAGCUCAAACUGAGUCACAAACAAAUAGACCCCAACCACCAACCACAGCUCUACCUGAAUCACAAACAACAAAUAGACCACAACCUCCUACCACAGCUAGACCACAACCACCACCAACAGGUCAACCUGAGUCACAAACAACAAAUAGACCACAACCUCCAACCACAGCUGGACCCCAACCACCAACCACAGCUCUACCUGAAUCACAAACAACAAAUAGACCACAACCUCCUACCACAGCUAGACCACAACCACCACCAACGGGUCAACCUGAGUCACAAACAACAAAUAUACCACAACCUCCAACAGGUCAACCCGAGUCACAAACAACAAAUAGACCACAACCUCCAACCACAGCUGGACCCCAACCACCAACCACAGCUCUACCUGAAUCACAAACAACAAAUAGACCACAACCCCCUACCACAGCUAGACCACAACCACCACCAACAGGUCAACCUGAGUCACAAACAACAAAUAGACCACGACCUCCAACAGGUCAACCUGAGUCACAAACAACAAAUAGACCACGACCUCCAACAGGUCAACCUGAGUCACAAACAACAAAUAGACCAAAACCUCCAACCACAGCUAGACCCCAACCACCAACUACAGCUCAACCUGAGCCACAAACAACAAAUAGACCACAACCUCCAACUGAAACUCGGCCACAGCCACAAACAACAGCUAGACCAAAGCCUUCCACCACAGCUCAACCUGAGUCACAAACAGCUAGACCACAACCACCAACCACAGCUCAACCUGAGUCACAAACAACAAUUAGACCACAAGUUCCAACCACAACUACACCACAGCCACAAACAUCUAGACCUCAACCUUCAACCACAAUUAAACCCCAACCCACAAUAGCUAUAUCACAAUCCACAGCAACUUUGAGACCAGAACCCACAACAACAGCUGGACCACAACCCACAACGAUUAAACCACAUCCACCAACAGACAGACCUCAGUCUACAUCUACAUCACAACCACCAACUACACCUGUACCAACACCUUCUUGCCCAGAGAACAGUCAUUACACGAGUUGUAUCCCUGCCUGCAGUCCAACCUGUACACAACUGAAUGGCCCGCCACGCUGCAGUGACAGUGACAGUUGUGUGUCAGGAUGUGUAUGUGAUAAUGGCUUUGUGCAGAAAUCGCGGCAUUGUGUGCCUAUCCAAGAGUGUGGAUGUGUGGACAGGAAUGGCACCAAACAUCAAUUCAAUGAAGUGUGGUACACCAAUCACUGCAGUCAGAAAUGUGAAUGUGAGAAAGACGAUGGCAUGGGGGAGAUUGAUUGUGAUGACAAAGAUGAAUGCGAUGGAAAUGCUGUCUGCCUUCAAAAUGACGAGGGCAAAUACUACUGCCAGUCUACAGGAUUCAAUGAGUGCACUAUAAAGGGAGACCCCGAGUACAGAACCUUUGAUAAAAUGAAGCAUGAAUUUGAGGGUGAGCACUCAUAUGUGCUGGUCCAGACCAAAAACUUGCCAAAUAACCUUCCAGAUGUCUACAUCGAGGGCAUCAAUAGACGCACAGUAGAUGAUGACGAUGACAGUCAGCAUCAUGAUGACAGUAGCAGUGAAGAAAACCAUAGUCGCAGAGUAAACGAUGAAGAUGACAAUGAUGAAGAUGACAACGAUGAAGAUGACAAUGAUGAAGAUGACGAUCACAAACAUGAUGACGAUAGUAAGGAGAAUGAGGAACACCACAGAUUACAAGAGCUUAAGAUCAGAGUGUACAAUCACACUGUGGAGUUCAAGAAGAAUUUGAGGCUGCUUGUGGAUGGAAGGAGAACUAGUACUCCUGUCUCACCAACUGCUGGUCUAAACAUCCGGGAGCAUUCCUCUCACAUCUACCUGAAGACAGACUUUGGCCUCUCAGUGGAGUUUGAUGGACACAGUAAAGCAGAGAUCAUUCUACCACGGAUAUAUAAAAGGAGAGUGGGGGGUCUGUGUGGGAACUUUGACGGUCAAAAGAGGAAUGACUGGAUGAAGCCAGAUGGUACAAUGGCCAGCAGAGUUCAAGAGUUUGGCGAGAGCUGGAGAGUGUAAAUAUCAGAUGGAUGUACGGAGGAGACGCGGCACUUAAAGAUACCCCUGGAGGUUUUGACCACAAGUACAAAUAUUGUGUCAGUUUACAAGAAAACUCCAAGAAAAAACAGAAUUAAUGCUGUUUUUUUUUUUUCCCUCAGACAACAAACCUGAGCUUUUAAACAUGACCUGUAGCACUGAUGUCCUUCUCUUUACCUCCAGCUUUUCAGGGCAAAAACUUUUUUCUGUUAUAGACAAAGUAUCAUAGUAAAAGAACUUCUCUACUGCAAGUUACUCAUCUUUGAAAUCUUCACUCGUGACAGUAUGUGAGACUGAUUUUAUCACUGCCAUGCAUACUAUUUAUUCAAAAGUGAUGUUCUUACAGCUUAUGCUGUAUCUUGUACAGUAAUAGCAAUGCUGAACAAAACGUACAAUGGUGUGUUUAAACAAUGAAAAUGCAUGACUACACAUGGAUUAUUUAUCACCAUCCCAUAUUGUUAAACAGAUUAAAUGUGCAAUAAAUUAUUCAGAAUGUCGCUUGCACUUGGUCAUAAUGUGUAUUUGAAUGGAAGCACAAUCUUCACUGUUCUAAUAAAUGUGCACUGUGGUUCAA